AUGGAUCUUACACUUGCCCGCAAUCCACACGUCGAGUUACUCCCCCUGGUACACGCACCAUUCUAUGACAGAAACCCGGAAGACCCACCGCCUGAACAGAUUGGCAAAAUGAUUCCAUUUCCGUCUACACUGAGUACCGAUUGUGAAAGAUUGCUCAAUGCUCUACUCUUGGAACAUGGACACCCACAAACCUCUGCAUGUUGCCAUAUCAUAGAGGGCAAAAAUAACUGCUUUGUGUUAUUCACAUGCCAGACGACUCCAUUUUAUGCACGCCAAUAUUACUACAUACGGACCCCUCGAUAUAUUUCUUUUUCCCAAAAACGCCAAUAUCCAAUCUAUCAGCCAGUCAAUACUCUUGUAGCAUUGACAUAUCAUUUCGGAGUUCAUGGAGUCGGUUUACCUAUCCCUGAUAUCCUUUUCCAUGACUCCGGUUUUGAGAACGCUAUUUCUUGUCCAUAUGUUGUCAUGCAAAUGAUAUUUGGGGCCCCACUACAAGGAUUUUAUCAAACCAUACAACGAUCACCACCUUUGUCUCCCUAUGUAUUGCAAUAUUGUCAACUUGCGCGUGAAAUAGCACAUUUCAUUGCUAAGAAGGAAAGCGUUAAAAUUCCAGGCUACGGUGUCAUUAGAAAUGUAGCAGAUACAGAAAUCCAGAACAGAGAAGACCCAAAUACUCUCUACGACCUUGCCGUGGACGAACUGGACAUAGCGGGUCAAAGAAUUCCAAAAUUCGGCUUUAGCAACUUCAUCCGUGAGUUGAUGACUAAAGAGUUGAAGAGACAUAUUGAUCUAAGGGCAUUGGGGCUGAGAUAUCAAGGUAUCAAACUCGGAUGUGUAUGGGUAGAAAUGGCGAGAAAAAAGAUGCUCAGCGAUCAAGAUUCGACACUUUGGCAUCCAGACUUUCACCCAAGAAAUAUCUUGGUUGUACUACUUGGGAGCGAUGUUCGUCUGUCAGGUGUUAUCGAUUGGGACAAUGCUUUAGCUCUACCGCGUAUCAUGACAAGAGAGCCUCCUUCCUUUCUCUGGAACCAGCCAGGCGUUCUUACACAGCAACAGGCUGAUGCGGUCAAACAAGCAUUCGAUGACACUAUAGAGCAAUUAGUUCCUGGGUACAUAGAAGAUGCAUACUCGAGACCUCGAGUUCUCAUUCGAGCAAUGGGCAUGUAUUCGUUAUAUGGCCCCCAGUGGAAGCAUUAUGGAGAGAUCUCCUUUAACGAAUUUCUACUGGAAUGCGAAAGAUUUUUUGCACCAGACUUGCGUUACCCUAUUGUAUAA